AUGAUUGCAUUUGUGGCUGCCCAGAAUAACACGACGGCUGCUGCAACGACAACAGUUACAACACCAACAACAACAGUGAAAACUACCAUUGUGACUACGUCAACUACCAGCAAUGGAACAACAGCAACCCAAGCCCCAACUACAAGCAAUAGCACCAACAGUUCGACAACACAAUCGUCAACAACACAACCAUCGACAACACAACCAUCGACAACAUCACCGAUAACCACCACUGCCGAACCAGAGCGGAAAACUUUUGUGGUGAGAAAUGGCAGUGUUGACUGCAUCAUUCUGCAAAUGAAUGCCCAGUUUACUAUCAAGUAUAUGGAUGUCAAGAACAAGACGUUAGAAGCUAAAUUCAGUCUGCCCCAAAAUAGCAGUGCAGCAGUUGAAGGAAAUUGUUCGAAGGCUUUGGAGACAAUUACAAUAAAUAUGUACGAUAAUGCUGUCAGUAUGACCAUGAGAUUCACUAAUGAUGACAACAAUGUGGCAUUGGCAAAUGCCACUGUUGAAUGUGAAGAAUUCUUCAAACGGACAUUUUGA